UGAUUGGUACCCGGCGAUGGACGGGCUUACUUUGACCGUAGCAAAAUGUCGGAGCUACUUACAGAAAUGGAGGAAACUCUACCCUUCAAAACCCUACACAGCAGAGAGUAUCAUGGCCACAAGAAGAAGGUACAUUCGGUGGCUUGGAAUUGCUCGGGCACGAAGCUGGCCUCGGGCUCCGUUGAUCAGACGGCCCGAAUUUGGCAUAUUGAACCUCAUGGGCAUGGGAAGGUUAAAGACAUUGAGCUCAAAGGGCACACAGAUAGUGUGGAUCAGUUAUGCUGGGACCCAAAACACGCUGAUUUGAUUGCAACUGCAUCAGGGGACAAAACUGUCCGCUUGUGGGAUGCACGAAGUGGAAAAUGCACUCAGCAGGCAGAACUCAGUGGGGAAAACAUAAAUAUAACUUACAAGCCUGAUGGGACUCAUAUAGCUGUUGGGAAUAGGGAUGAUGAGCUAACCAUAAUGGAUGUACGCAAAUUCAAGCCCAUACAUAAACGCAAAUUCAACUAUGAGGUGAAUGAGAUUGCGUGGAACAUAACUGGUGAUAUGUUCUUUUUAACUACCGGAAAUGGUACUGUGGAAGUGCUUUCAUACCCUUCACUUCGUGCCGUUAGUACCCUUAUGGCCCACACAGCAGGCUGCUACUGCAUUGCAAUUGACCCAUUGGGAAGAUAUUUUGCUGUAGGGAGUGCUGAUUCUCUAGUCAGCCUUUGGGAUAUAAAAGAGAUGCUCUGUGUACGUACAUUCACAAAACUCGAAUGGCCCGUUCGGACAAUUAGUUUCAAUCACACUGGAGAAUAUAUAGCUUCGGCCAGCGAGGAUCUGUUCAUUGAUAUUGCCAAUGUCCAAACGGGCCGGUCAGUUCACCAGAUUCCAUGCCGGGCUGCAAUGAACAGUGUCGAAUGGAAUCCAAAGUACAACUUGCUUGCAUAUGCUGGGGACGAUAAAAAUAAAUACCAAGCUGAUGAAGGCGUGUUUCGGAUAUUUGGGUUUGAAAGCGCAUAGCUGCUUAAAUUUUCAGGAUUUCACUAUAUUUUUAAAGGAUUUUGAUUAUGGUGCCUGAAGGCUAAACCUUCGGAAUUCCCAUUGUUCCUUUCUGGGUUAACUUAUAUUUUUAGCAUCAGGUAUUUGUAAGGAUAUUCACUGCUGGGAUUUAUGUGAUUUGAGUCCUAUGUGGAAAAUUUACCGAAAAAUAAUUAUUAGUUUAUGGACGAAUUAUUGUUGCUGUAAUGUUGGUGUUAACAUGCUUAACCAUUAGACAAUAUGUGCA